GAUUCUACACCCACAGAGGCCAUUGCCGCAUGUCUUCCGCCUCCUUCUGUCGCCGUGGAAGUUGAUGUUCAGCACGGAUUGGUGCAUCUGCGGUCAUUCGCAGAUUGUUUGCAGGCGCUGUUUCCAGAAUGCUCGAUUGACGAUGUGCGCGCAUUUGUUGUCGACCAUUGCAGAGGCUUCAAUCAAGCUGCGACUGCUCGCCCUGACGUUUGUCGAUCUGUCGAGCCCAGCCCAGCCGAACCUCUGCCGCAACCCAACAGAUCAAGGCACAUGCAUCCGUCGCUGCUGGGCUUCAAACAGGGCUGACCAACCCUCCUACCGUCGCUGGACUGUCAUCAACAUCAGCAUCGACAAAUGAACACAUCUCCCCAUCGUCUCGACCAGGUGCCCGAAGAGCCCCACGAAAAGGACCACUCCGAAGAACCUCCGGGCGAUUCAGCCUCCUCGCGGGGCUCGCAGAAGGACCCUUCCCACGCCCGCGCAAACCGAUCGAUCCUGCAGCGAGCCGAGUCCAGAGGCUAUGCCUCUCGGCUACCGCCCACCAAAGAAGAUGAGAAUGAGGCAUCGUCGCCCACGCCUCAGUCCUCUGCCGAGCCAUCUCCGCCUCACAGCGCAGCUCCGACCGGCUCCAAGCUGGCCCUUGGUCGGCAAACAUCGCACUCCCAUCUGGGAAUCGCCGCCCUUCAACUGCCGCACAGCGGGCUUCGCCGACGGCCUUCGACUCUCGACGAGGAUCUCUACGAAGUCGAGGAUCCCGAGCUAACUUCGCAGACUCUCUCCAACAAUACCACUGCCCCGGGGACGGCUCGCGGGGAGCUGAGCAAGCGCUUCAGCAUCCAGCUGGAUGAUGAACAGGCCGAGAUCGAGGCCAUUGCCGCAGCGGCUGCCAUUGUCGAGACGGAGGGCGUUGCGCAGGCUGUUCAAAAGGUCAUUGCUGCAGCUGAAGCCCAUUCCUUGGCUGCAUCAAGGGCCCCCACAGCCGGCCUCUAUCGCUCCACCUUUGCCGAUGCUGUCUCGAAGGAGCGUCUUGCCCACCGUCCCAGUCUUCCUGCCAUCAGCCCUAAAGUCUCCAAGAGCGAAAAAUUCAAGUCGCACGACCGAAGCGAUGCCAUGGGAUUCGGCAGCACCGUGCGCAGGAUCAGCGUUUUUGACAUCGACCCGUCGCUGAACAUCAAGGCGGCCAUCGGGCGGUACGAUCCAUAUUCGUCUGAAUGGGGCAGUCUCCGCAAGCUGAACCAGGCCGAGGAAAGCCUCCCGACCGAGCCCUGGUCCCGAGCGCCCAAAAACCGCUUUCUGUCAUGUGGCAAUGUCGAGUUGGGUCCUGGACACUACAACCCGCCCCUGCGGUACCUGGAGAAGCCACCGAACCAGCCAUCGACCGUAUUCAUGAGCAAGGUCGAGCGGUUUGUGCCUUCGAAGGACGGAACAAAGCUCUUUGAGCAUCUUGCACCCGGUUACUACAGCAGCGAAGCAAUCAAAAUUCAAACAGGCUUUGUUCCCUGGGUGAAGAGUGCCAAAGACCAUCUCGGCCGAGUGCUCGAAUCCGACCACUCGAACUUUUAUGAGCCGCCGACAAUGUGCUUGGGCAAGGUCGAGCCCAUUCCGUUGUUCUCUGAAGCUCGCAAGCGGAGAGACAAGUCGAAGCGUGAUGAUAUGAGCACCCCGUCCAGCAACCGCUCGCCCCUCAAGCUCGCCCAUCCGUUCAGCGAAUGCUAUUUUUCCAAACCAGCACCCCCAGCCAAAGACUCAAGAGAGAUCAAGCUGCCGUGAUACCGGGACUCGUUCUCUGAGCUCAGCGCUCGAAAUGCGACCGUCACAUGCGUUACGCAAUAUAUAGUCACAUUGAUAUA